GAAAAUAGUCUCAGUCGGCGUGUGGUCGUAGUGGGGUGUGUACGUGCCUCUCGCUGUUGUUUCUCGUGUUUGUUUGUUUGUUUGUUUAUUUAUUUCGCCCUAAGUUAUUCGUUAUUUAAGUUUUCUUAGUCUAUCCGCUGUUUUGUUUAGUUUUGUUUGUUUUUCGCACUGAGUUUUCUGUCGCACGCACACAUGGAGUGGUUGUCCUGCGAGGAAGAGACAUAGCUUCUUCGACGGUGUUACAAGUUUCAAACAAGCCUUUCUGAAAAGUAAAAUAUAUAUAUAUAAAAAAAAAUUAAACUGAAUGAAUCGACUCUGAAACGAACGAAGACUCCAAGAGAAAUGUUUCCUAAGGAUUCGCCACCAGAUGAGCGGGAAGAGGAGUCGGUCGUUCAAAUGUGCCGUUCACCACAGAGAUCGCCAAGUCGCCUCUGAGAACGACUUCCAUCUCCUCUUCCACGAACCUCCUAUAUUUAACAAGAUGGUUCGCCUCAUCGCGGACGAGUUCCUAACAGAGGAGCGGGAUAGGAAGUACUACGCUGACCACUACAGGUGUUGGCCGCCGCCGCUCUUCAUCAUCGCUGUCACUCUAGUCCAGCUCGGGGUGUUCGCCUACUACACCAUCAUCACGGGCGAGAUGAACGUGGCGGGACCCGUGGCCGUGGAUUCGCCUUUCAUCUACAGACCAGACAAGCGGCAGCAGGUCUGGAGAUUCAUCUUCUACGCCUACCUUCACGCGGGAUGGGUUCACUUGGCCUUUAAUCUGCUGGUGCAGCUGCUGGUGGGCCUCCCGCUGGAGAUGGUGCACGGAUCAGCCAGGAUAGGUACAGUGUACCUGGCUGGGGUCCUCGCCGGUUCCCUCGGCACCUCUGUCUUCGAUGCGGACGUGUAUCUGGUGGGCGCGUCGGGCGGAGUUUACGCCCUGCUCGCGGCGCACCUCGCCAACGUGCUUAUUAACUACAAUAAUAUGCAGUUCGGCAUCCUCAGACUUAUCGGCGUCUUUUUCGUGGCGAGCGCUGACGUGGGUUUCGCUAUCUACGACAGGUACGCGCACGAGACUGUUGGUCUACCCGUGUCGUACGUGGCGCACCUCACAGGGGCUCUGGCGGGCCUCACCCUGGGCUUAGUCGUCCUUAAGAACUUUGAGCAGCGUCUCCACGAGCAGCUACUGUGGUGGGUGGCCCUCGGGGUGUACGCGGCGUGCACUCUGUUCGCCGUGCUGUUCAACCUGCUGCACCCGUACCCGUACCUGGGCGUGGCUCAGGGGCUGCUGUUGUGAGCGGCUGGUGUGUACAGGCUGCGUGCGGGGCGUGGCGUGUCCCCCUCCCCCCCUCUAUGGUGCUGUGACUCAAGCCAAAGUUCGUCUCGCUCAUACUGGUGAAAGUGACCUAGUGUUACACGCCCGAAAUCAAAGGUACCUCGACUACCUUUUUUUUUUUUUUUUUUUUUUUUUUUUUCUUCUUCUCGUGAGACAGAAAAGAGAUAUUUAUUAUUAGUGUCAAAUUCUAGAUUUGCCUGUACAGUUCUACAAUGAUUAUAUUCCAUGCUUGUUAUAUACUACAUGUAAUACCUAGUCAAACCCAACAUUUCCAAAGGAUUUUUCUUCUCUACCUCUGUACAUUAUCAUUUUAUUAUCGUUGUUAUCAUUAUUUAUUUAUUAUUAUUAUUAUUAUUAUUAUUAUUAUUAUUAUUAUUAUUAUUAUGAUUAUUAUUAUUAUUAUUAUUAUCAUCAUCAUCAUCAUCAUUAUUGUUAUUAUUAUUAUUAUUAUUAUUAUUAUUAUUAUUAUUAUUAUUAUUAUUAUUAUCACGGAUAUUGUUAUCACUUGUUAAUUUUUUUUCUUUUUUUUUCCUUUUUUUGUCAGUCAUUUCGUUUCACAAUCGCUGUCACAUUCGCCAGUCAUCCUGCUCAUCAUUUUCAUUGUCACCACGAUACUGGCAGACCUGCCUCACUGGUCAGCCGCAGCUCUAGUCUGUCUGGUGGUCUUCGCGCUUCAAGACGCCAGCACAUCGUCAGUCAUUCUCAUGCCAGAGGGCUGCCGGUGCUGAGCGAGGGGAUUCAUGUCCCAGCCAGCCAAGCCUCGGCGGCUCCACCAAAGUCUAAUAAAGCUUCCUGGCAUUCAUAGUCCAUUCCUUAUUAUUGUUCGAGGAAAUAUUUAAUAGGCUUUGUGUAAGGAGAUUUUUUUUUCAUUGUCCUUGCCCUGUCUGUUUGUUGUCUAGUCUAUUUUUCCUUUUUUUUUCGGUCAGAUACUUCACUAUCGUGAAUGCAUAAAUGACGUAGAUGUCUGUCUUUACGUUUUGUAUGUUUCUACGUGUCCUAAUAUUGUGUAAGAAGAAUGUUAUUUAUAUCAAUAAAUUCUUUCUAUAUAA